AUGCAGAUGGAAAUAUCCGUAUCUUAUCAGGAGUAUGUGUAUAACCGUAUCUUGAAAGACUCCAAGCAAAUGCUCUCACAAUCUCCUAUCGCACAAACACAUUAUAGUUCUCGACUCAGUUGCCGCUCAUCGGUGACUGCUGAGCCAGAUAGCACGUAUGCCGCUACACCACGUGACCGUGCUGCAUAUACUGCUAAUACAAGAAACACAACAACACCUAGCUAUUAUGAUCCACCUCCAAGUUAUACCAUGCUGGCAAACCAAUAUACCUCUGCACAAGAACAACAAGAAAGUGCACCUCGAAGAAAGUCAGGGGUGAAGUGGAAAAACUGGUUCAAUUAUUCGGGGUAUACUGCCCUUUCCACAGGCCAUCAUAAACAAAGGAGGAGCUCACACUCGCAGUCGCAGUCGCAAUCGAAAUCGAAAUCGAAAUCGAGUUCGCUGAAGAAGGAAUCUAAAGAUACCCCUGCCACCAGAGAGGCCCAACUUAAGGAGUUGAAAGAUUUACAACAGCUCAACGACCUGUGGCUGAAAGGAGGGUUCGAAAACCUGCAUGAAGACAUGUUUGACGACUCAAGUGACGAGGAAUGA